GUUCUGCCCGGGUCGCUUUGGUGGAUGCACUUCCGGCGGUGGCGACUUGGACGACUGAAGGAAGAUGGGUCAAAGUCAGAGUGGUGGCCAUGGUCCUGGGGGUGGCAAGAAGGAUGACAAGGACAAGAAAAAGAAAUACGAACCUCCUGUCCCAACUAGAGUGGGGAAAAAGAAGAAGAAAACGAAGGGACCAGAUGCUGCCAGCAAACUGCCACUGGUAACACCUCACACCCAGUGCCGCCUGAAAUUACUGAAGCUAGAGAGAAUAAAGGAUUAUCUUCUCAUGGAGGAGGAAUUCAUUAGAAAUCAGGAACAGAUGAAACCAUUAGAAGAAAAGCAAGAGGUGAGUGGAGAAGGUUCUAUAGUCUUCUUUACUGAGCACGCUGUGAUAGGGGUGCUAAUGGAUGACACGGAUCCCCUGGUCACAGUGAUGAAGGUGGAAAAGGCCCCCCAGGAGACCUACGCAGAUAUCGGGGGACUGGACAACCAGAUCCAAGAAAUUAAGGAGUCUGUGGAGCUCCCGCUUACCCACCCUGAGUAUUACGAGGAGAUGGGGAUAAAGCCCCCUAAGGGGGUCAUUCUCUACGGUCCGCCAGGAACAGGUAAAACUCUAUUGGCCAAAGCAGUAGCGAACCAGACUUCAGCCACUUUCUUGCGCGUGGUUGGCUCAGAGCUUAUCCAGAAGUACCUAGGUGAUGGGCCCAAACUUGUUCGGGAGCUCUUCCGGGUCGCUGAGGAGCAUGCGCCGUCCAUCGUGUUCAUUGAUGAGAUCGACGCCAUUGGGACCNAAAGAUAUGAUUCAAACUCUGGAGGUGAGAGAGAAAUUCAACGAACAAUGUUGGAACUGUUGAACCAGUUGGAUGGAUUUGAUUCGAGGGGAGAUGUAAAAGUUAUCAUGGCCACAAACCGAAUAGAAACUUUGGACCCAGCACUUAUCAGGCCAGGCCGCAUUGACAGGAAGAUCGAGUUCCCGCUGCCUGAUGAGAAGACCAAGAAGCGGAUCUUCCAGAUUCACACGAGCAGGAUGACACUGGCUGAUGACGUAACCUUGGAUGACUUGAUCAUGGCAAAGGAUGACCUCUCUGGGGCCGACAUCAAGGCAAUCUGUACAGAAGCUGGCUUGAUGGCCUUGCGGGAACGCAGAAUGAAAGUAACAAAUGAAGACUUCAAAAAAUCUAAAGAGAAUGUUCUUUAUAAAAAACAAGAAGGUACCCCUGAGGGGCUGUAUCUCUAGUGGCCCACAGUCGUCUUCAGGGAUGGGAGCUGCCCCCAGGAACCCAUUCUCCAGUUCAGGUUUGCCAGCAGAAAGCCCGUAUCGUGGAGGACGCUGUGCCUCCAUCUGUUGUUGGUCACUGUGCCGUGCUGCUCUCUACUCCCAAUAAAGGAUGGCCUGGUUUGCUUUCUAGCACUGUAA